AUGCCUUGGCUAUUAUCAUCUACUAAACACGGAGAGAAUAAUCUUGAGUCGAUUGUUAACUGCGUUCAACCAUCAGCCGAGAUUCACUCAUUAGCAGAGGACGACGAACUAGCCAUAUCAAGAUACAAUUCAUUAUUUACAAGUUUAAAUCGUAUCUGUUUCUUCUGGCGACAAAUAAUUUACAAUAAGGUCCGCUAUGUGCUGACGCUUAUCUUUGUAAAUUUUUUCAAAAUUGCUACACGAUUCAUUUAUUCAGCCCGAGAAAGAGUUUUGAUUCAAUCAACAUCGUCAUCUCCACCCUCCUCGGUAGUCGUCUCGCCAAUUGAUACAUUUCAAGACGAAAGAAAUCAUUCGACAUCGUCAUAUAUUAACUUUACUCCACAACUUGAUUUGCCAUCGCUAGAAGAUUCCACGAUGGCGCAUAUGCUUGUGCAACAACAACCGCUGCGAACGCCAAAUAUGAACAUUCUGCCGAGAACAUCAACCAUCAAUCGAAAUAUUUUGCCCAUAUCACAUUCAGUUGAUGAUCGAUUGUUUUUCCUUGAACCCAAUUCAACUAGUUUCUUCGAUUUUUUCGGAAGAUUCGCCUCAGAACCAAACAUAUUCAAGUAUCAAACAGCAGCGAAUAAUCUUGCAAAUAAGAGCUCACCUCGUUCACCUUCCCCUUUAAAUCAAGUACAAGAAGAACAAGAAGUAAACACCACAGACUGUGAUACAAUUCAACCAGUAACUCUUGACCACAUUGAAAGUGAUACAUUAGAUACAAUUUCACCAGUAACGACAACCAAAAACUUAGAUCAAGAUGGUAUCCUGGAUACCACCGCAUCAGUCAAUCCAGAGCGACAUUUUCGUCGGCGAAAGCGUCGUUCAUCUUGGGCACCUUCAUCAUGUUCAACGGAUGAUGAAACCAAACCAUUAAAAAGUGAUUCGGUAGCGAAGUCUAAUGACAGUCAAAAAGACAAAUCUCAGCCGAUUACUGAUAAUCCGGAACCAAUUUCACUCGAAAGUCUAUCGUUAGAAGAUACCAAUACCAAAACAGAAGAACACAACAAGCCUCUUGAAACACCAAUUACUUCAAGUCGACUACGAUCAAGAAGGUUAAGACAUCGUCCAUCUCGUCAAACAGUCUCAAUUCCUGAUGCUAUAUGUGAAAGUAAUGUUCAAUUUUUUGUACCUACUGAAACGCCUGCAGCAUCUGUGGCCACACCAACACCACCUCCAUCGCCUGUUUCACCUUCUAAUUCAGUUACAAACACUUUACCCGGUGGUUUAAAACGUGUCGGAUCUACUGGAGCAACGAAAAAGAUGGUUCGUUUCGCUGAUUCUGUUGGUCGUCAAUUAACCCAAGUGCAAUACAUUCGUUCGAUCGCAGAUGGCGACUCGAAAGAUUCUCUGUGGGCAAAAAGUGAUCUUUAUAUACCCACAGUAUUAAACUUCGAGCCCAAGCCUUGGUCGUUCGAUGUUGCAUGGACUUCGAAAAAGCUGACCGAAAGUCAUGUACCGAAACGAUUCUUUUGUCUAUACCGCCAACCCAAUUCCGAACAUCCAGAUAUCUAUUUACAUGAAGUAUGGAAAUCUCAAAUUAAGUUAGAGCAUGCUGAUAUACGUUUGAAAUCAUCUGCAACCGGUGAACAGUAUCUUCAUGGAACCGCCUGGGUUACAAAUGCUGGUUAUUGGAAAAAUGUCACCGUGAAAUAUUCGUUUAAUCGUUGGCUGAAUACUUAUGAAUACGAUGCUCAACAUCGUUGCCAUUCAAACGAUUUUCGUAACAUCGAUCAAUUCGAAUUCAACAUUGAUAUUCCUCAAGAUGUUGAUCGAAUCGAUUUCGUGCUGCGUUAUCAAGUCAAUGGACAAGAGCAUUGGGAUAAUAACGAAGGGAAAAAUUAUACUCUGGAAACUGAAUCAUCGUCAAUACCUCAAACAAUUUCAUUCCCACAUGAUUGCGAUUUUAAUGAAAUGAGAUUUUACUGA